AUGUGUCACUGCUCGACAUCUGAGGAUGUGGAACUUGGCCUGCUGCGCUUCUCGCUAUGCUUGCCUGGUGCUGGCGGCAUCCCCCAGCGCAGAACACCCGGUGACCAGCAAGUGGCGUGGCUUGCGAGUCCUGCCAGCCUAGAUGCCGAUCCGUCGACGCCCGAAGACUCUGGUUGGAUUUGCGGCAUGUAUGCUCGAGCCUGGACUCGGUUGGAAAUGGCCAUCUAUGGCCAAGACGUGGAGGAUUCUCAAGAGAUUGCCUUUUGCUACGGAGAUGCUGUGACUUUUGCCGCCUGUUUACCCUUCUAUGGUUUCACUAUUGGAUCACUGCAAUAUGCCGUCCGCAGCUACUUUGGGCUCGAAGGAACCAGGAGACAAGAUUUCAGCGAUGGCUGCUGCUUUCCGCGCGACACAAUUCUGAGAAACGAAGAAGAAAUUAUUCUUCGCGAGAGGCUCCGCAGGGCCCCAGAGGAGAAACAGCAGCCGCCCUAUGGCUGCUACGAUCAAAUGCUCUACCAAUCCCAAUCCCAGUCAGAGCAGCAGCAGCAGCGUGCAGUCCGAGGAGAUCAAGCCCAAGUUCCUCUCAGCGAAAACAAGACAGCAGCCACGAAUGCCGCCGUCAAGACGACACCAGCCAAGGUACACUCUGUGCAUGAGGAUGUUCGCCAGCCUGCUCAACCCAAUCGACGAGCACCGCACGGUUUAGAAGAGGAUCUUGCCACUCCGUCCAAGGCAAAGCGACAGGAGCACAUUCUUCAUGACGACGCUGAGACGGCAACUGCCGCGAAGCCGGUGCCUCACGAACUGGGCGCAACCUCGUUGAAGGCUGGGCCUUUGUGA